CCCGGAACGAGCCCCUGCCACACCGCACGGGACGUCUUUUUGUCCGGAAUGAACGAUAAACAUCACCGCAAGCUUCUGCUGCUCAACUUCACUGUGAAUGUGCACAGGUGUAAUUUCCAAGCAGCACCACAGUUCAAGACAGAUGUGAAAUUGUAGAUAUAGCAGGUAGCCUCCAGGAUGAUUAGAGAACUUGGCAUUUGAAGAAUGGUUCAAGGAUGUUCAGCAGAGAGAAGAGUUGGAAUGAUGUCCUUAGUCAUCCAAUUUCUAGAAGGUCAUGUGCUUGUCUUAGCUACUGGAACAAACAAAUAGAAGAUGUUUUAUAAAGGGAUCAUCUAAUUAGCUGCACUGAAUUGUCAUUUGAAGAUAGAUGCACUUAUAUUUUAGUAUUUUAAAUCUGCUGACAGCUUGGGUAGUGAUGGCUCAACUCCAGCAAGGAGUCCCUGAUGAAAAAGAAAAGACUACUGCAUUAAAGGAUUUAUUGUCUAGAAUAGACUUGGAUGAACUGAUGAAAAAAGAUGAGCCACCACUUGAAUUUCCUGAUACUCUGGAAGGAUUUGAGUACACUUUUAAUGAAAAAGGGCAGUUAAGACAUGCAAAAACUGGGGAACCAUUUGUAUUUAACUAUCGUGAAGAUUUGCAUAGAUGGAACCAGAAGCGCUAUGAAGCUCUUGGAGAGAUUAUUACUAAACAUGUUUAUGGACUACUGGAAAAGGAAUGCCACUUGAAAAAAAUAACUCUCCCAGUUGAUGCCGCUGAGAAUGAACCAAAAAGCUUUAUCUUUAUGAGUGAAGAUGCAUUAACAAAUCCUGACAAACUGUUGGUCCUAAUUCAUGGUAAUGGUGUUGUCAGAGCAGGUCAGUGGGCUAGGAGACUUAUCAUUAAUGAAGAUCUGGACAGUGGCACACAGAUACCGUAUAUAAAGAAAGCUAUUGAGGAGGGCUAUGGAGUAAUAGUACUGAAUCCCAAUGAGAACUAUAUUGAAGUGGAGAAGACAAAAGCCCAAGUACAGCUGUCUUCUGAUAGCUCAGAUGAACCUGCAGAAAAGAGGGAAAGAAAAGAUAAAAUCCAGAAGGAAACAAAGAAACGACGUGACUUCUAUGAGAAGUAUCGAAAUCCACAGAAAGAAAAAGAAACAAUACAGAUGUAUAUUAGAGAUAAUGGAUCUCCAGAAGAACAUGCAAUUUAUGUUUGGGACCAUUUUAUUUCCCAGUCAGCAGCAGAGAACGUGUUUUUUGUUGCUCACAGUUAUGGAGGACUUGCAUUUGUAGAGUUGAUGAUUCAGCGAGAGGCAGAAGUAAAGAAUAAGGUAACUGCUGUGGCGUUGACAGACUCUGUUCACAAUGUGUGGCAUCAAGAAGCUGGCAAAACUAUUCGAGAGUGGAUGCGAGAGAACUGUUGUAACUGGGUGUCCAGCUCUGAGCCACUGGACACGUCUGUGGAGUCCAUGCUGCCCGACUGCCCCCGAGUCUCUGCAGAUGAGAUGCACCAUCACAUAACAUGGGACUUUAAAGUACUGCCCUUCCCAGCUGCUGAUGCAGGCACUGCCGUUUCUACAGCAUCGCCUGGGCUGCUUGUAUUUUGGGAGCACCAAAGCUGGAUAAGCUUGUGCUCAUGCUGCUGGAACAGCUGUUCCUUGGGUGAUUUACAUAAUUUCAUUUGCUUGGUGGGUUUUACAAAUCUGAGAUAUUCUUCAGUGAAGGAAGAUGAAAUCAGCAUUUUCUGAAUUAUUUCCAAUAAUUAAUUCUCAUCUGAAUGUUUGAUGGUACAAUUACUAUGUAGGAGCAAAUAAUCAUAAAACACCAUCAUGGAGACUAGCUAUUUUCGAAGUGCUGGUCUUUUCACAUGCCCGGUGCAUAAGUGGCAUUCUCCCGUGUUAGCAGAGUUUGCAGGCAAGGAAUGUAACUUCAGAUCUGUGCCUUAUGUGCACCAGAAGCACUGAAAAGCUGUGGGAUUUUGGAAUACUUGCAUUUUAAAAUCUGCCUCUCAAGUAUUUCAUUUGGCAUUAAUUAAUUUAAUGCAGUUACUGUCACAGUAUGAUAUAUGAGUCAAAUGUUGUGUGCCCAUCAGUGCCUGGUGCUACCACUGGUCUGGGUUGCACCAUCUUGAUCUGCUUAAGCAUGGCAGCAGUGAGCACUGCCUUGGAAACCAUGUUAUACAUUCCCUUGGUAAGUGUCAGGGUAAGAAGAUGCCACUGACUUCUUUUAUGGCACUGCUGUAUGUGAAGUUUGGUCAUGUAAAUUAGUAUUUCUCAGAUUUAUAACCUGUGGAAGUUUCAGAGCAUAAAUACACAUUUAAUAGUGGUCUCUGAAGAAGCCACAUGGAUCUAUGUUCUCAGGAAGGACGGGGUAUAUUGAACAGGUAAAAUUUCCUUUGUUCAUAAAAUAAUCUUCCUUUGUCCUGCUUGAGAAGAUGAUGAUUUUCAAAAGCUAAGUACUUUGUGCUCUUGGGUGCAAUUUUAUAAUUCUUUUUCUAGAUCAUGAUAGAAGAAAAAGAAUAUAAAAAAUUCAAAAAUUCAGUUGUCUCACUGAUGUAUGUUAUUCUAAUUCCUCAGAGUUACUGUGACAUACCUUGCAAAUGUAAUCAGUGCUACCUGUUGUCUAGAUACAGCUGAUAAAAUUGCAGACUAAUGAAAAACAGGACUGAUGGAAAAAAAUGCAAGGAGUUAUUUAAUGUGUCACCUGCACCCAUGGUAUUUCAUGGAGAAAGAAACUCUUGCCUAACCUAUUCUUGAUGAGAGUCAUGAGAUUCUAAAACUUCUAUAGGUACUUUCUCAGCUCAAAAACAUUUUCCUGUGGUGACAUCUGAACUU